GUGACGCAGCGUUUGGAUCUGGGACAGUCAGCGGAUCGUCAUGGCGGCAAAGGAACGCUAGGAGUGCGCGCUCCCAUAUAAGCAAUUAAUAGGGAGAAAAGCCGCUGGUCCCUGCUCCAACCCGGACACGCAAGAUAAACUGGCGACGCCGGCAAGUUGCGAUAACAGAGGAGCAGAGGGAGCAGCGGAGGCCCCCGCCCCUUGACUCUGGCUCCUCCGCCCUGCGGGAAGGAGAAGCGGAAGCGAGUGUCGAGGCGCAGCGCCGGAGAGUGCGGGGUCGCCCCGCGGAGUCGCCAACUGGGCGCCCGGAGAGGCAGGGAAGACAAUCUGCAUCAUCCUGCUCCAGUUAUAAAGUCUCCAAGGACGCUCCUGGACUCCUUCUCCCCAGGCCCCUGGAUGGGAGUGUGAUGCCCCUCACCCUCCUGCUGCUGCUCUUGGGGCCCCUGGCCCUGAUGGAGACCCGGGCGGGCUCCCACUCCCUGAGCUAUUUCUCCACCUCAAUGUCCCGGCCUGGCCUUGGGGAGCCCCACUACAUCGCCGUGGGCUACGUGGACCAUACGCAGUUCAUGCGGUUCGACAGUGACUCUCUGGGCCAGAGUGUGGAGCCACAGGCGCUCUGGGCGGAGCAAUUGGGGCAGAAGGAUCUGGACGAGGAGACUCAGAGCCAAAUGAACAACGCAAAGCGGUUCAAAGUGCUCCUGAGGGACCUGCGCGGCCACUACAACCAGAGCGAGGACGGGUCUCACACCCUCCAGAGCAUGUUUGGCUGUGAAGCGGGGCCAGACCUGAAUCUCCUCGGCGGGUAUGAAAAGUUUGCCUACGACGGCGCAGAUUUCAUCUCCCUGAGCGAGGACCUGCGCUCCUGGACCCCCGCGGACUCGGUGGCUCAGAUCACCCAGCGCGAGUGGGAGGCGCAGGGGAGGGCCGAGCGCGUCAGGAACAGUGUGAGAAUCAAGUGCUUGAUAUGGCUCCGCAGACUCCUGGUUUUGGGGAAGGAGGUGCUGCAGCGCACAGAAUCCCCAAAGACACACGUGACUCAUCACCCCACCUCAGACCAUGGGGUCACCAUGAGGUGCUGGGCCCUGGGCUUCUACCCUGCGGACAUCACCCUGACCUGGCAGCAAGAUGGGGAGGACCUGACCCAGGGCAUGGAGCUGGUGGACACCAGGCCUGGGGGUGAUGGAACCUUCCAGAAGUGGGCAUCUGUGGAGGUGCUUUCUGGAGAGGAGCAGAGAUACACGUGCCGUGUGCAGCAUGAGGGACUGAAGGAGCCCCGAGUCCUGAGAUGGGUGGCCCCUCCUCAGUCCUCUGUCCCCACCGGGGGCCUCAUUGCUGGCCUGGUUCUCCUUGGAGCUGUGCUCACUGGAGCUGUGGUGGCUGCAGCUGUGAUGUGGAGGAAGAAGCGCUCAGGUGAACAAGGAAGAAGCUAUACUAGCUAUACUCAGGCUUCAGCUCGUAUUUAAAUGGAGAUCCUGCCCUGAAGAUGCCCCAAAGAGUGCCGGACACUGAUGCCCUCUGAUGUAGCAGGGGCAGGAUACCUGGGAGGCUGACAGCAAGUUUUGCAUCUGAACAUGACGGACACCAGGAGUGUCAGCUGUGACAGGCUGUUCUGAUGGAUGAUUUGCUCUGAACAUAAAGGUUUAUCAACGCAGAGAGCACCGGGAGACACACAAGAGAGACGUGUGGAGAAGCUGCAUUGCUUCUUGGCUUUGGCCUUGAACCAGGAACUUAGAGGCUUGGAAGGUGACACCUAGAAAGGACACCGUGAUGGCUGAGCUGGAUCCCUAGCCAGGGAGCUAACCCACAUGGCCUGGCAGACCUCUCCUGUCUCGCCUGGUGCUCCCUCAGCAGUGUAUUUCAGUAGAUCUGCCUGUUCUGUUCCCUACUGUGUCUCCGGUGAAACCUCUCACCACUCACCCCACCACCUCUGGCCUGUACCCCAGCUCUUCUGCGCAUAAAUAAAUCUUUAAAAAAAUGUUUGUUUGCAUAAAUCCAGUAAAGAUCUUUUCCCCCUUCUCUUUCUUUAAUAGAUAAUUGGAAAUACGGAUAUUUUACCAAGGCUUUGUCUGGAAUGUUGUUUUCAGAAACCAGACUGAUCUCAGAGCCUGUAAAGACAUAAUAACGGCACCUGUUUUAGAGCUACGAGGGUCUGUCAUUAGGGUAAAGAAGGCAACCCCUUAGCAGAUCCAGAAACCCCAGAUGUCUUGGGAGCCUGGAGAGGAAUUUCCCUGAAGGUACAGGUACCGCAGGCCAAGUCUGAUGAUGAGACCUUGGCGUGGUCCUGAGCCCUGACUCCUGGCGUUUAGGAGCUCUCAGUCUGAGGGUUCUUGUAUGAAGUUCCAACAAAGCAAAAUUAAAAGGUCUGCAUAAUAAUUUCUGUUCCUGUUGAAUCCAUGCAAACUGACUGUGGCGGUGUAGUGUGUGGGUGAGGCCAGGGGCUGAUAACAAGUUCUGGGGGCUGAAUGUGCUGGAUACCAGGAGCAGCAACUGUGAUGGGCUGUUCUCAUGGGCUGUUUGCUGUGACUGUCUGUGUGUAACUGAUUACAACAAGGCCAGCUGGAGAUGAGAUGGGGGAACGGCCGCACCCCAUUCUCUCAGAUCAAUGGCCAGUGAUCUGAAAAGUGAAAGAGCUUGUAGGUUCAGUUCCUGGCUCUGCUUAUGGCUUUCUGGUGUGAUGGGCAGCAGCGCCCAGGCCCAUCCCACCAACAGUUGUAGAUAUUUGCUGUCUGCCCCUUUUGUUUUAUAUCCCCUUUUGUUCUCCUUGCUGCAGGGGACAGACCCACAAAGAUAUCACUGAAAUGUGUGUCAUGGCGUGUUCUGUCCUUGUUUUCUUCCGUGUAUCUUAUGGCUUCUGGUCUUACACCCCACCCUAUUGUCCAUUUUGAGUUGAUUUUUGUGUGAGGUGGGAGAUGGUGGUCUAGUUUCAUUUUUUUGCACGUGGCUGUCCAGUGUCCCCAGCACCAUUUAUCGAACACGCUUUCCUUGUGAACCCUCAUCUUAACCUUGUCAACAUAAACUUUACUGGAUUGCACGGUGGAGAAAGUGGUUUACUUCUUCCCAUCAAUAGUUGUAUUUUAAAAUCACAAUUUGGGCCUCCCUGGUGGCGCAAGGGGUUAAGAUGCAACCUAGAAGCUGUUCACAGCCACUGUAGCAAGAGUUCGAUCCCAGGCCAGGGAGAAUCCCACAUGAUGCAGCAGACCUCUUCUGAAUGGCCUGCUGCUCCCCUCAGCAGUGUAUUUCAGUCAGUCUGCCUGUUCUGUUCCCUGCUCUGCCUCUGGUGAAUCCUCUCACCUCCCUUACCUCUGGCCUGUACCCCAGUUCUUGUAUGCAUAAAUAAAUAAAUCCUUAAAAAAAUAAAAUCAGGGCCUCCCCUGGUGGCACAGAAGUUGAGUGCUGGGCUGGGAAGCUGCCCACAACCUCUGCAACUCCGGUUCGAUCCCCAGCUGCUGGUGAGGCUCCCACGUGGUGGGACAGACCUCUCCUGGUGUGCCCGAUGAUCCCCUCAGCAGUGUAUUUCAUCAGUCUGCCUCUCUGUUCCCUGCUCUGGCUCUGGUGAAUUCUCUCACCCUCCCGCGCUUCUGACUGUACCCAGAGCUUGUAUAAAUAAAUAAAUAAAUAAAUCUUUAAAAAAAAAUAAAAUCACAAUUCAUUUUACAUUCUCCACUGUCUCUUGGCAACCUUAGGUAGUUAACUGAAACUAUUUCAAAAGCACUUAAACAAUUGAAAGAUUAGAGGUAUAUGUCAUUUAAGAGGAAAAUAAAUGAUUAACCCAUCUGGAUUAGGACAAUUAAUAUUUGACCACACAUUUUGUUAGGGGGAAAGGAUGUCCUGAGCUAAUCCCAUACAGGCUUUGUGGACCCCACCCCCAC